AAACGUCGACGUUGAUGUACCAGUUGCCUAGUGACGAAAAAGCUACUGAUGAUUUCCUGUUUUGAAAAUCGUCCUGUUGGUACAUUAGCCUUCGCUAAGUAAGUUAGAUAUCUGGAUUUAUUAUGUCCAGAAAAUGGGAGAUAUUCGCAGGUUUUCUUCAAUUAAGUAGUUAGAUUAUACCCUUUGAAUUCGGGGUAAUAUUUACAAAGAUUGGACGAUUUGAAGUCAUGAAUAAUUACAUGUUUAUCAGAGUUGUUGGAAAGGGGAGUUAUGGAGAGGUGAAUCUGGUGAAACACAAAACAGACCGUAAACAGUAUGUCAUAAAGAAGUUGAACUUGACCACGUCCUCGAAACGUGAGCGGCGAGCCGCGGAACAGGAGGCUCAGCUUCUCUCGCGACUACGACACCCAAACAUCGUGACUUACAGGGAGUCGUGGGAAGGAGAAGACUGCCAACUCUACAUCGCCAUGGGCUUCUGCGAGGGAGGCGACCUCUACCAUAGACUCAAGCAACAGAAGGGGGAACUCCUACCUGAAAGGCAGGUGGUGGAGUGGUUCGUCCAGAUAGCUAUGGCCCUCCAGUAUCUACAUGAGGAGCAUAUCUUGCACCGGGACCUAAAGACCCAGAAUAUCUUCCUCACCAAGACUAACAUCAUUAAAGUAGGAGACCUUGGCAUCGCCCGGGUUCUGGAGAAUCAGAACGACAUGGCCAGCACUCUAAUAGGAACACCGUACUACAUGAGCCCGGAGCUGUUUUCCAACAAACCCUACAACCACAAGUCUGACGUGUGGGCGCUGGGCUGCUGUGUGUACGAGAUGUCCACCCUGAAACAUGCCUUCAAUGCCAAGGACAUGAACUCACUCGUUUACCGCAUUGUAGAGGGAAAGCUGCCUCAGAUGCCGAGUAAGUAUGACCCUCAGCUGGGCGCUCUGAUAAAGAGCAUGCUGUGUAAGAGACCAGAGGACAGACCUGAUGUCAAACUCAUCCUACGUCAGCCCUACAUCAAACGACAAAUCGCCAUGUUUUUAGAGGCCACCAAAGAGAAAACUGCCAAGUCCAGAAAGAAAGCGGUUGGUGGCAGUCGCAGACCCAAUAGUGCAGCAUCUGUGGUUUCGUCUCAGCCAGGGCCUGAGCGCCCCCCUCAAUGUCCCCAGCCAGACCCAAACACCAGAGGGAAAAGGAAGGAAGAGAUCAACACACAGGAGCACAAAGGACGCAAUGGAAUCACACAGGACACCCCACCCCAGACACAUCUAACAACCAAAUCCCCUACACAAGACAUUCUCAACACCACUGGUGUGUCUUUGGCAACCAUCAGUAAAAUUGACAUUGAUCUCCAGACACAGGAAGAGACAAACACCCAGAGAGGGGAUCCUCCCCAGACCGUGUCCAACGCCAGGGCAGAUAAUGACACUCUUUGUCAGAGCUCUGUGGAGGAGCAGAUGGGAGGGAAUCUGGAUCCCCCUCCCUCCCUGCCUCAUCCGCGCAGGCUGCUAUCAAGUGUCAGUACCAGGGAAGAGGAGAGCAAGACCACCAAUGGACCUGUAAUGCAGGGUGCCCCAAAGACCAGAGACAGAGUCAGAACCUCUGUAGAGAGAACUGUGAACACGGACGAUAAAGAUGACACAAUGGAGCUACUCAAGGAUGUGGUCAUUGAGAGCCCAGCUACUGGACAUAGUAUAUGUCUGGGUGUUUCUACCAGUUUUUCUGAGUUAAGGUCUGCAGGACAACUCAAAGUGGAAUCCACUGGACAGACGUUUGAAGUAAAUAUAGAGAACAAGGACGACACCAGGAAUCUUCUCAAGGAGGUUCCUGCACACAAACAUACUGCCGUUGUCAAAGAGAGCUUGGUAUCCACAGAAAAGCUCUUAGAGCCCCUUCCUCCUGUGGCACCCUGUCAUUUGGAGCCCCUCCCCCUCCCACAGCAGGACACGCCCCCUCUGUGUACCCCCUCCUCCUCUGAACCCUCUGUCUCCUGCCAACGUAGACAAAGGGACAGGGGGCGGAUACAGAGUGAUCAGGACAAGUGGAAUAAAGUAGCAGCUCCUAGACCUCUACCGCCUCCUCCUAUUAAUGCACUGGUAGUGGAGGUGAAGAAGAGAAGCAGGACAAACACAGAUAAGAAGAGGGCCACCACAACGACUUUCGUCACAACCAUUAGCUCCUCCAAGGACGGCAACACUCCACUGCCACAGCAGGAGCGUCCUCUGACUGCCAGGGAGAGGAGAAGACUGAGGCAGUCCCAGCAGAACCCCAGCCAACCAAUUGUCAAUGCAGAAAGAAGGGCGUCUUAUGAUGUUUCCUCUUUACAUAAUAAGCAGCCAGAGUCCCAGAACUCCACUGUCACUCGCUCUGUAUCUGAAAUGGGAAAGGAAACCAACCAGCAGGACAGGUUUUUGGGGCGCCCAUCAGACGAAGACGAAUGCAGCUCCUCCACCAGCUCAACAGAUCACUCCGAGGGGGACUGCAAAGAGGGAAAGAGUGAAUCCAGUGAUAUGCAGGACCUGGUUCAGAUGAUGACCCAGACAUUGCGAAUGGAUGGCAGAGAUACUGUUAGUGAGCUGGAUGGUGUUAGAUCUACUCCACUAGCUGAGUUUAAGCUGAACAUGAAGUAUAGGGACACCCUGAUGCUGCAUGGGAAAGCUAGAGAGGAGCAGGAGUUCCACUUCAGUGAAUUAUCCACCGGCACCACAUCUGGACCGGCAAAGAUCCGCAGAGCAAUUGAGCACCUGAAAACAGAUGUGGUGAAGGGACUUGGCGUGAAGCUGUUGGACAGAGUCCUGGACAUAAUGGAGGACGAUGAUGAGGACAAACGAGAGCUGUGUCUUCGGAAGCAGAUGGGAGAUGACAAGUACCAGUCAUAUGCUUUGAUGGUGCGGCAGCUAAAAUUCUUUGAAGACGUUUCUUUCAAGGGUUAGGAUCAGCUAAUGAAAAAUGCAUUUACACACAAGCAAUGUAAUCAUUUUUGUAUAGACAAUCAUAUCUCCAUUUCUAUGUACAUGUAGACUAUUUUUAUACCUCACUUUAAAAGCAAAUCUAGAAAAUACAUGGCAUCCAUGGUAGUCAUUUUUAGCUGGACAUGGUUGUAAUAUUUUCUUUCUUCGCACACAGCUGUAUCUUCUAAUUUUCUAUACAGGUUACAAUAUGCAAUGAAUUUGAGUCUUCUGUUACUGUGUCCACCUGUCAGAUAGGUAGAUUAUUGUAGCAAAAUACUAAUAAAAUGAGUUAAUAUUUAGAAUGCAAACUAGUGAAACGAGAUGUACCUAUAAAUACUACAUAGGAAAUCCUUAAUUUGCUGAUUGUAUAAUAUAAGUUGCAGGAUGUAGAAGUAGUGUAGAUAUUUCCAACCCCUCUGACUUUGUGAAACUUGUUUGUUUCGAUUUAUCCACAUGAUUAAACAGUUGGGACAACAUCAACAUGUGUGAAAUCGACAAAGUAGCCACAGUAGCAGAAAUGAGUUUGACAUGAGACAUUCCACCACUGAUUGAACAGUCACUGUUAAUAAAGUCUUCCUUUAACCUUCCUUCCCUUGGUCCUUCAAACAAGUAUUUAUUGUACAGACAAACAAUGAUGGUUGCUUUCAGUUACAAAACGUGUCUUGGGCAAACUGGUACAAACAUUCAUGAGCUACUUGUGCUUCUUCUUCUUCAGAUUCUCCUGAGGCUUUUGCUGGGUUUCUCCCGUAGUCUCUGGUAGGGCUGGCUGCCAGGAGAGGGGGUUCUGUCUGUACAUGGGCCAGGGGGGCAGGGUCAGC